AUGACGAGCGUGAACGACGUGGCGCUGGAGGAGAUUAAGCCCUUUAGUAGUGGCAGUGGCCCUGACCAGUGGAUUGAGAAUCUACGCAAUGGCAAAUUAUUGAGUGAACUCGAGCUCAAGCAGGUGUGUGAAACUGUCAAGAUGCUGCUCAUUGAGGAGUCCAACGUACAGCCCGUGAGCAGUCCCGUAACAGUGUGCGGUGACAUCCACGGCCAAUUCUUUGACCUGCUGGAGCUUUUUCGCUGUGGUGGUGAUAUUCACGACACUAAUUACAUUUUUAUGGGUGACUUUGUGGACCGUGGACACAAUAGUGUAGAGACUUUUGAGCUUUUGUUGUGUCUCAAGGCAUGCUAUCCAGACCGUAUUACGCUCUUGCGUGGCAAUCACGAGUGCCGACAGAUCACACAGGUUUACGGCUUUUAUGAGGAAUGCGUGCGCAAGUACGGCAAUGCCAAUCCUUGGAAGUUCUGCACGGACGUGUUUGACUAUCUCAACUUGGCUGCCAUCAUUGACGGACGCGUACUGUGUGUGCACGGCGGCUUAUCGCCAGAGCUUCGCACGCUUGACCAGAUCCGGACAAUACAACGUCAGCAGGAGAUUCCGCAUGAAGGAUCGUUCUGUGACCUCAUGUGGUCCGACCCGGAGGAUAUUGAGACGUGGGCAAUGAGUCCGCGUGGCGCUGGCUAUUUGUUUGGCGCCAAGGUUACGCAAGAGUUCAGCCAGAUUAACGGACUCGACCUCAUUUGUCGUGCACAUCAGCUUGUGCAGGAAGGUUACAAGUACAUGUUCGACAAUAGUCUCGUGACGGUCUGGUCGGCGCCCAACUACUGCUACCGGUGCGGUAAUGUGGCAGCCAUCCUGUCAUUCGAUGAAAACCUCGAGCGUGAUUUCAAGUUGUUUCGUGAGGUUGCUGAAUCAUCGGACGGCUUUAAUCAGCGUGCGCUGGUGCCGUACUUCUUGUAA